AUGUCUCAGAGCUGUGGGAAAUGUGGAACAUUGAAAUGGCAGAAGGAAACGAAAGGCAUGUGCUGCUCGAAUGGCAAAGUUUCUUUGCCAACACUUACUUCUCCUGCAGAACCUCUCCAAACUCUGCUAAAGGGAGAAACAGCAGAGAGCCGUCAUUUUCUCGAUAACAUGCGCAAGUACAACAGCUGUUUUCAGAUGACGAGUUUUGGAGCUGACAAAGAAGUUCCUGAGCACGGCUACAUGCCAACUUUUAAGGUUCAAGGGCAAGUUUAUCACGCUAUCGGCAGUCUUCUUCCAAUGGCCGGUGAAGAGGCCAACUUUCUCCAGAUCUACUUCAUUGGAGACCCAAAAGACCAGGCUAAACGACGAGGUCAGGUUAUUCCUGGAACCAGGCUCCCCAUUAUCCGGUUCCUUCAAGACGUGCUUCACCAAGACAACUAUUUGGUCCGCAGUUUCAAGUAUGCAUUUGAAAACCAUCCAGGAAGAGAGUUUGACAUUGUCAUCAAUCCUGACAAGGUACCUUCGGGGGAACAUCGCCGUCGCUUCAAUGCACCUGUUGUUUCUGAGGUGGCAGCUGUCAUUUCUGGGUACGAGAAGGGACAGCGUGACAUCGUAAUCAGACACAGAAACAAUGAACUGGAGAGGAUCAGUUCAUCUAAUAGGGCGUACGACGGUCUUCAAUAUCCAUCCAUCUACACCAGAAGUGAAGACGGCUACUAUUGGCAAAUCUACAAGCAAGAUUCAGGUGGCGGUCCAAUAGACAAAAAGGUGACAGCUAUGGAGUUUUAUGCAUACCAUCUAUGUGCUACUCUCUCAAUUUAUUUUAAUUAGUAGGAUACUACGCGUGCCUUUGCAACAAAAUUUUUUCGCCUCUCGUUACAGUCUUGACCAAUCAACCCACUUAUAACCUACCACGUGAAGAACUAGUUCUUUACGUGACAGAAGAUGUUAUCUAGUUGUUAGUCCUCCUAUCUAGUCGAACAAGAAGCACGUGCUAAAACACGUGGAACGCGCGCGAAGAGAGGACUGGGUACACGUAAAGGGACUAGCAGUUUUUAUGAGAUAAUGAUAAAUGUCCGAAUAAGCGACAUCCGGCACUUCUUCUCCCACAUCGCACGCCUCCAAAACGUAUGGGUUAAGUCAAGGACUUGCAAGCCCAUCAGAUCCAGUUUACACACAUAUCUUUUUUACAUCCAUUAAAAUAUGUGGAAGUCAAUCCUUAAGACAUUUACAUGCAGCUGACAGACAUGCCACUCGAACGCGUUUGCCACUCAGUCACGUGG